AUGUCUGUUCCGUCCUCCGGCUCCGUCCAUGGACCUCGACGCGCCGCGUCUGACCCGGACAUCGAUGUCGAAACGGGCUUCUCCGUGCGGGACAUCCUGGACCUGCCGCAGCCGAACGGGAGGCGCGGGUCCGGGGGAACCGAAGAGGCGGACGACGAGGACGCGGAGGAGGCCUGCGCAGAGGCUCCGGGGCCCGGGACCAGGGGCUUCAGCGGCCGGUGGAGCCGCGGAACCGGAAACCUGCACUUUCAUUCCCGCACCGGGUCCAAAUCCCCGGACCUAUCCACGGAUGAGUCACCGGACUGUGAGCGCGCCGCGGCGGGCGCAGGUGCGCAGAAGGGCCGCGGCAGGAAGCGGCGCGUCCUGUUCUCCAAAGCGCAGACCUUCGAGCUGGAGCGGCGCUUCCGGCAGCAGCGGUACCUGUCCGCCCCGGAACGGGAGCACCUGGCCGGGCUCAUCCGCCUCACCCCGAACCAGGUCAAGAUCUGGUUCCAGAACCACCGCUACAAGAUGAAGCGGGCCGGCCGAGCGCACCUGGAGGCGCUGCAGCUGCUGCCGGCCCGGCGCGUCGCCAUCCCGCUGCUGAUGCGGGACGGGAAGCCCUGCGACCGGAUCACGGCCCAGGACCUGGAGGCGUCGCUCAGGUCCGGGUUCGCCGUGCCGGUCUGCGCCUACUCCCCUCUGCUGCACCCCGGCUACGGCCCCGAGCAGAGCGGCCUGCAGGCGCACCAGCAGCUGGCGCACAUGUACCCCUGA